AUGACAGAACCAACAAAUCCCAACCAAGAUGGGCUCUUUGAGCACACCAGUUCUUCCUCGAGUGUGGCUGAGAAACAAAAGAACACUUCUGAUGUGGAUUCCACUCAUUCCAGAAACGUGGAAGCUGGAGGUGGAGAGCGUGGUAAUAUUUUAUCACAAUAUUCUGAAAAACAGGUGAUGCAAAUGGGUCGUAAUUACGCCUUGAAACAUGACUUGGAUGCCGAUUACUUUGCUAGGGCUGCUGCCUUGGCUAGAUCUCCUGGAGAUUUCAAUUCUAUGCCAUUCUUGACCGAAGAAGAAAAGAUUGGCUUGCAUCAAGAAGCUACUAAGAAAUGGCACGUUCCAAGUAAAUUGGUUCAGGUCAUUGCUGUGGGUUCCAUGGCUGCUGCUGUCCAGGGUAUGGAUGAGUCUGUUAUUAAUGGUGCUACUCUUUUCUAUCCACUUGCUUUCGGAUUGUACGAAAAGGUGGAUGGAAAACUGGUUUUCAAAAUGAAAAAUGCCGAUCUUAUCGAAGGUUUGGUCAAUGGUGCACCUUACCUUUGUUCUGCUGUUAUCGCUUGUUGGAUGAGUGAUUUCAUCAAUAGAGAAAUCGGUAGAAAGGGCACUAUUUUCUGGACCUGUUUUAUUUCUGCAAUUACUUGUUUUUGGCAAGGUUUCGUCAACAAUUGGUACCAUUUAUUCAUCGCUCGUUUCAUGCUUGGAUUCGGUAUUGGUAUUAAAUCGGCCACAGUUCCUGCCUAUGCUGCUGAGUGUACCCCUAAACAUAUUCGUGGUUCCUUGGUGAUGUUAUGGCAAUUUUUCACCGCCGUGGGUAUCAUGUUUGGUUAUGUUGCAACCCUUGCAUUUUACUAUGUUCCGGAUCGUGGAAUUGGUGAUGGACUUAACUGGCGUUUAAUGUUGGCUUCAGCUAUGAUCCCUGCCGUCAUUGUUUGUUUCCAAAUUCCAUUCGUACCCGAAUCUCCCAGGUGGUUGAUGGGUAAGGGUAGACAUAAGGAAGCAUUUGAAUCUUUGUGCCAAUUACGUCAUGAAAAAAUGGCAGCUGCCAGAGAUACGUUUUAUCAAUUUGUUUUACUUCAAGAAGAAGGUUCUUAUGUCGGAGUUCCUACUUACAAGCGUUUGAUUGAAAUGUUCACCGUUCGCAGAAACAGAAAUGGUGCUCUUGGUGCGUGGGUUGUAAUGUUCAUGCAACAAUUUUGUGGUAUUAACGUUAUUGCCUACUACUCGUCUUCUAUUUUCAUCGAGGCAGGAUUCGGUGAAGUUUCUGCCAUGCUUGCUUCGUGGGGUUUCGGUAUGAUCAACUUUGUGUUUGCUAUUCCAGCAUUUUUGACCAUUGAUAAAUUUGGAAGAAGAAACUUGUUGUUGACCACUUUCCCCUUGAUGGCCAUUUUUUUGAUCAUGACUGGUGCUGGUUUCACCAUCGACUAUAACGAUAGAGGAAAGAACGCCGUGAUUAUUCUCGGUAUCUACUUGUUCUCUGCCGUCUACUCGUCUGGUGAAGGUCCAGUUCCAUUCACUUAUUCCGCCGAAGCAUUCCCCUUAUACAUUCGUGACCUUGGUAUGGGGUUCGCUACUGCCACCUGUUGGUUCUUCAACUUUAUUUUGGCUUUCUCGUGGCCAAGAAUGAAAAAUGCCUUCCACCCAACUGGUGCCUUUAUGUGGUAUGCCGGAUGGAAUAUUGUUGGGUUUUUCUUGGUGUUGUGGUUGCUUCCCGAAACUAAGGGCUUGACCUUGGAGGAAUUGGACGAGGUGUUUGAUGUACCACUCAGAAAACAUGCGGCCUACCAAACCAGAAGUUUUUUUAAUGGAUUUAAGAGAAACAUUUUGCGCCAGAACGUCGACAAGUUGCCUCCAUUGUACGCCCACCACAGAUUGGCUGUUACAAACGAAGCGUGGAACGACAAGACUGAGGUGUCGCACGUUGAGUAG